CCGAAGAACGCGAACGAUCGUGACCGUCAUCUGGCGAGCAAAUUAUCAUUGUAAUCUUCCGAAAGCGUGCAUCGAUAUGUAUCGAAAGUUUCGACGUUGCUCUCUAGCGAUAAUCAUCUUGUUAUGCUUGAUCUUCGACUCCGGAACGGAGGCUCAGCUGAACUUCUCCACCGGCUGGGGAAAGAGAAGCCAGAGGGUGGGAUUCACCGAGUCGGGUAGCCUCGAGUGCGUUCCCCGUGGAAGACCGUCCCUGGAACAGCUGCUGAACGUUUACAAUUUCAUUCAGACGGAAGCCCAAAAGAUGUUGGACUGUCGGAAGCUGAACGAGUGAACUCUGGAAGCUCGAGCUGGUUCAACGGAAGCAUCGAAGACACUGGACAUAGCCGGGCUACUUUGCUCGAAGAAUUUUCUAACGUCUGUUAACGCAACCUGUUCGAGAACACCGGACGAGAGCAGAGGAAUUUCGAGUCAUUUCCGUCUGGCUCCGCGUCCGGAUGUAGCGAGCACAGGUUGCUUAGAAAGAUUUUCGAGCGGUCGUAGCUUGUAAAAUUAGCGAUACGAACGAUAA